UAAGAGAAGAGAAGAAGAGGAGGCAACAGAAGGGAAGAAGAGAGGAGAAAACACAGAGAGAAGUUCUAAAAUAUUCUUUAACGGUGGGAGUUUUGGAUGGAUGAAUGAUCUCACAGGAAUCAUGGAGAGACAUGUGCAAGUGUACAUACUUUCACGCAAGUAAACCCACAUACUUUUAAAAGCACCAGGACGAUGCAUGGCCUUUGCUUUGAAGGACGGUGGGGAUGGACACAUGUCCUUUUUGUCAUCUGGCUUUCACUGCUAGCAGCUGGUCCAACCAAAGCAUUUGGCUAUUUCCUGGGGGACACAAAGGCAGUGUUAAAUGGCUGUAAGGACCACUGGACCCUGCAGGACAGGGCCGCCAUGCCGUUGCUCUUUCAGAUGACUUUGUGUGUGGACAUCCGCGUGGUUGUCCCCGGAGCCUGGGUGGCCUUCUCUUACAGCUCGGUCUAUGCACCCAGACCUGAGCUGGGUCUGGAGGGGGAUGAAGAUGCACUGUAUGCAUGGUUGCUAAGGGUCCGACACCGAUUUCCCAUCCGGCUGUCCCCAAAACACUGGCAUAGAGUAUGUCUGAGGAGAGACGUACAACACAACUCAUUUAGCCUGGAGGUUGAUGGGAAAAUGGUGGCACAGAGGACAGUCAUCGCUCAGGCCAUCCCCCCUGCCGGCUCCAUGUGGCUGGGCUGCCGUCCCAGAGAUCAGCCCCCAGGAGACACGCUGGGGGAAGUGGAGUUGUACCUGUUCCGCAUGUGGGGAGACCUGGGUAACCAUGGUCUCUGUGAAGACGGGUCUGUGAUUGGCUGGAACACUCACUACUGGGGUGUGACCAGUCCCAGAGCCAGACAGAGAGACCCCAACCUUCUGUGUGACCACAGACGGUUAAGGCGUGGGGCACGUGUUUUCAGAAGGUCGUUAAAUGCACCAACAACUGGAGUUGGAAGGUUCUCUCACCACCACCUGGUAAUUAAGACAAUAAUAUACAAUUAA